UGUCUGCCUGAUCAGGAAUUAAGACGGAGUCUAGGCUAUUCGCUAUCUCUCAGCACCGUCUCCCGUCCUGUCUGUUUUUAUGAUCCGAGCUUGCGCACUGAGCGCCUCCAUUGUCUGCCCAGGAGCAGCAGCGGCGGCGGCGACGGAGCGGAGAGAAGAGAUCUGAGCGCAGGGGAGCGCUUUUACUGUGACCCCGAUCCACGGGUACAAGGCGACCGCUGGUUGGAGACUGGACGGACAAACGCGGACGGCGACGUCAUUUUUUGGCCCAAAACAGAUCGUCGGGUUUUUUUUGACGGUCAGACAUACAGCAACAGUUGUCACGAUGUCUGAGAUCAGAUGAGACGAGAGCAGCGGAGUGAAGAUUGCGGCGCUGCUGUGAUUCGGGCCGGGCGGGAUAAACGUGUUGCUGCCGCGUCCCGCCUGCAAUGACACAGCCGUGUUAAUCACCUGGGACAGCGAGGGGAGCGGUGCUCAUCUGUUUGUCAUUCCGGGCUUUCGGCGUCAUUCAUCUCGUCAGCCAUCCCCCCGGUUGUGUCGAGGUGUUUUUCUGCGGGUGAGGUGAAUCCAGACGUCAGGGCGGGCUCAUGUUCCGCUCAGCUGGGAAACGGGCUGUUGCGUCUGCAGAGAGUCAGAGCUGACGAGCCUGCUGAGACACACGGACAGACAGGCAGGCAGGCAGGCCGAGAGACAGACAGGAGCGAGGGGAGGGGGGCGACAGCCUGUUUCGGCUCUCUCGACCCUUUGCGGAUCGAGCCGAGCCCCCUCCUGUUUCCACCCAGAACCCCCACCCACUUACCUCCCGCUUUGGAUGGGGGGAAAGCAGAGCACGGCGGGUCGGCCCCGGGGUGCUUUUCCCGGUGUCUCCACGGAUGACAGCGCGGUGCCACCCUCGGCCCACUUCGGCCACUACCGGCCGACCGGCACCAUGGGCCUGCGGAGCCGCUCGGUGAGCUCCGUGGCCGGGAUGGGCAUCGAGCACAGUCCCGCCGUGCCCUUCGGCUUCUACACCCCAAGAGGGUCGGACUCGGAUCGAGCCGGAGGUGGGUCAGGGGGCACUACCGCUGCCACCCACAGUACCGGCUACCAGGACAGUGGGGGCGGAGGGCAUCACACGGACAGGGUGCUCUAUCUGGGGUCCCGGGGGUCGCUGGCUGACACCUUGCCCCUGCACAUCGCACCCCGCUGGUUCAGCGCGCACAGCGGAUUCAAGUGUCCUGUCUGCUCCAAGUCUGUGGCAUCCAAUGAAAUGGAAGUUCACUUCAUCAUGUGUCUAAGCAAGCCUCGCCUCUCCUAUAAUGAUGAUGUGUUGGCGAGGGAUGCCGGUGAGUGUGUGAUCUGUCUAGAGGAACUGCAGCAAGGGGACACCAUAGCCAGACUGCCGUGCCUCUGCAUCUACCACAAAAGCUGUAUAGAUUCAUGGUUUGAGAUCAAUCGGUCCUGCCCCGAACACCCCUCUGACUGACUGACCACCAGGCCCACUAUUCUGUUGAAGGACGUCUCGUUGUCCUGCCAUGGAUAUCUGGACACAGAUGCAACCAAAUCUGAAACAAUCAAAGCGAUCACCUGAUACUUAUCCUGACAGAUUCCAUCAUCCUAACCAAGAUAAUUAUUCCUCAUGAACUGAACCAAAAAAAAAAAAAAGUCAAAACAUCAUACAUUUAAGGGCCCCUCCCGAGCCCUCCAUGUUCCGUCUGCCGAAGAGACUGCUUAAACCCCCCACUGCACCACACUUCCUUCCCUCCCCUCCCACCUCUCCAGGCUAACAGAGUCCUUUAAAGGCCUUCACUGGCCUCAACUCCUCCUCGAUCUCAAGUGGCCAUUUGCCUCCCUGACAUGCUCAGGUCUCCAGCAGCUGGCCUUCCAUCUUGUAUCUGGAUCCAGGCCUGUCAGUCAUUUGUGUCCAGCCCUCCCACGGCCUUAACUGGGGAGAGGAGAGGAAGCAGAGCAGGGGGAAGGAGAGAAGAAGAAGGAAACCACACAAGGAAGAAGGAAGAUAACCAGGAUGAGAAUUAAGUAGGAGAAGGAAACCGACCCAUGGAGGACUGUUGAGUUGCAGAAUCUUGCUUUGAGAAAUAGAUUUGGACAUUAUUUGGUGGGCCUCUCAUCUCACAACAGGACUCCAACUUGAUGACCUCUCAUAACAGACUGGAUCCCAGUGUGCUUCUUUCUCAUAGUUCCUGCCUCAGUUUUAAGCCCCUCCUCGCCAGUUUGGCUCAUAAUAAUCAAAUCAAAAGUCCCUGAAAUGCUUUUUAGAUCUGGUUUGUGCAACUUGGGCAAGCAGGGGGAUGUCAAAAAAAAAUAAAACAAAAGAGGGGAGAAUCUUAAGGUGGAUUUGGGGGUGGAGAGGAGUGGUCUGAGCAUGCUCAUUUCUGACUGGGAGGGAGGAAGGGGCCAGCAAUGUAGUUUACGCUUCUACUAUGUAAUGUGUGUGUUUGGGAUGUUCCAGUGUCAGGCUUCACCCGGUAUGUGUAUGUACACUGUGUGUGUGUGUGUGUGUGUGAGAGAGAGAGAGAGAGCUUGGAACUGUGACAACAUAGCUUUUGCUGAAGCCUAGUGUGUGUGUGUGUGUGUGUAUAUGUGAGAGAGAGACAGCGUGAAAGGUCAGUGUAGAGGGCUUACUGGAACAGUGCUGUGUGUGUCUGUGUAUUGAAAUGUUUACAGUCUAGAUGUCCAUGUUCCCCGUGUGUGCGACUGGCAGUCCUCCCUUUACUUUGCUGAUGUUUACAGCUACAGAGAAGCGACAUGACUUAUUGUAAAUUACACACGUAACCUCUCUCGGUUCUUUCUUUUUAGAUCUGCCAGAUUUUUAUGUGAUCAUGACUUUUCUUGCCAGAGCCUCGAUUGUGAGAACGUGUGUGUCUCUGUGCAUAUGACUGUUUGUGCACGUGUGUUUGAGUGUAUGAUUCAAGGGGCCCCUCUUGGUCUACACUACUGUCAGCUCCCCACAUCGUGUUUCUGCUAGAGUAGGUCUGGCUGACUGCAACUGGAGACAUGAGCCACUCAGACCCAAAGAAGGACUCAACAGUCUCACUGUGGAUCCACUGUAUGGGGCUUAUUUAUUCAUUUGUUCAUAUUUAACAAUAUUUGUUUAAUAUUUCAAUCAUGUGAGGUGUUAUACUCACUCUUCAGAAUGCCAAGAGCUGAUGUAUGAAGACUACUACAAACCAACAUACAAACAAACUGCAUUUACAACGCUACUGUAAACAAAUGGUGGAAUAAAUUGUGCUAGAUGACACACUCUA